AUGGUCGGUCUCCUUGCGUGGGCGGCAGACGUCGUCGGAGGCGGCGGCGGCAGGCGGAGCGAUGACGGGAAGUAUCCAAAUUCAAUCCCUCACGCCCAAGAGGUCGAUCGCAAAUUGGCUUCUCUUAACCAUUCGAUCCAAGAUCUGCGGCUAAAAUUGCAACCGCCCGACAUCCCCAGCGCCUCCCUGACAUCCACGCUCACUCUCCAGCUCAAUGCUCAUUCAGUUACCAAGAAACAAGAGAAGCUGCAGAAAGCAGAUUUGCUUCGAAGAGUUAACGUAAAUGGCCAUGAUCUUCGUUUUGUCAAGGACAAUUGGGAAAUCCCGGUUGGGAGUCAUCAAUUGAUGCCUGUUUCAGUUGAGAUUACCUAUGGUCUUGAAGAUUCUUAUGUUGUUUCAGGGAGUUGA